UCAAAAAAUUGAGAAAAGAUGUUGUCUUUGUGGCACCCAUUACACAUAUAGUCUGUUUCACGCUGCUGCUUAGUUUCGUUGAAACAAUUCCACUUUCGAUCUUUACAUUUCUGAUUCACCGGAACUUCCAUUGGGUUCAUCGGAUCUUGCCAGCUGAACUUGUUCUUGAUUUGAAAUAAUCAUCGAUCUUCCUAUCAUCUGUUAUCAUGAACCUCCUUGCCUAAGAUGAUUAAACCCUUCUGGACACAGAGGUCUCAAAAUUUCUUCAGUUGGUGACCUGGAUUAAUUGACAAGAGUAUGGAGUCACCUGCAGUGAGAAUAAGGGAGACAUCGGUUGUGGUGGUUACACUCGAUUCUGGUGAAGUCUAUAUUGUUGUGAGUCUUUCUACUUUGACCGACACUCAGGUCAUAUAUAUUGACCCAACAACUGGAGCACUUCGCCAUAAUGGGAAGCUAGGUCAUGAUGUUUUUAGCUCCCAAACUGAAGCCUUAGAUUUUGUAACAAAUGGAUCGAAAUGGUUAUGUAGAAGCAUAUUAUAUGCGAGGGCAAUAUUGGGCUAUGCGGCCUUUGGUAGCGUAGGCUUACUUCUUGUUGCAACUAAAUUAAAUGCAAGCAUUCCAGAUUUACCUGGUGGAGGAUAUGUAUAUACAGUGAUAGAGAGCCAAUGGAUCAAAGUUCCACUUCAAAACCCUCAAGCCCAGGGAAAAGGAGAAGUGAAGAAUAUUCAGGAGCUGACUGAGCUUGAUAUUGACGGAAAACACUACUUUUGUGAAACCAGGGACAUCACCAGGCCAUUUCCAAGCCGGAUGCCUUUGCAACAACCUGAUGAUGAAUUUGUUUGGAAUGGUUGGUUUUCAGCACCAUUCAAGAAAAUAGGGCUUCCACAACAUUGCAUCAUUCUUCUGCAGGGGUUUGCAGAAUAUCGAUACUUUGGAAGUUCAGGUCAGCAAGAAGGAAGAGUUGCUCUCACCGCGCGUAGAAGCAGGUUGCAUCCUGGCACUCGGUACUUGGCAAGAGGCAUAAAUUCCUGCUAUAGCACCGGAAACGAGGUUGAGUGUGAGCAACUGGUAUGGAUUCCUAAAAGGGCAGGUCAAAGCAUCCCUUUUAAUACAUACAUUUGGCGACGGGGUACCAUUCCUAUGUGGUGGGGUGCAGAUUUAAAAAUGACUGCAGCAGAAGCAGAAAUAUAUGUUUCGGAUCGUGAUCCCUAUAAAGGAAGUACUCAGUACUAUCAGAGGUUGAGUAAACGAUAUGAUACAAGAAACCUAGAUGUAGCUGUUAGUGGGAGUCAGAAGAAAAGUGCUCUAGUUCCUAUUGUAUGUAUUAACUUGCUUAGGAGUGGGGAAGGAAAAUCAGAGUGCAUCCUUGUUCAGCAUUUUGAGGAGUCAAUGAACUAUAUUCGUUCAAUUGGUAAACUUCCACAUACCCGAGUUCAUCUUAUAAAUUAUGAUUGGCAUGCCAGCACCAAGCUAAAAGGCGAGCAACAGACAAUUGAAGGCUUAUGGAAAUUUCUGAAGGCACCCACGAUUUCUAUAGGUAUUUCUGAGGGGGACUAUUUGCCAUCUCGUCAAAGAAUUAAGGAUUGCAGGGGUGAAGUUAUCGUGAAUAAUGGUGUGGAAGGUGCUUUUUGCUUAAGAUCACAUCAGAAUGGAGUGAUACGCUUCAACUGUGCUGAUUCACUUGAUAGAACAAAUGCUGCCAGUUAUUUUGGAUCUCUCCAAGUCUUUGUGGAGCAAUGCAGACGGUUAGGGAUAUCGCUUGAUAGCGAUUUUUCUUCUGGUUAUCAGUCUAACAACAACUAUGGUGGAUAUAUAGCUCCUCUGCCACCAGGCUGGGAGAAACGAUCUGAUGCAGUUACAGGGAAGACAUAUUAUAUUGAUCACAACACCAGGACCACAACCUGGAAUCACCCAUGUCCAGAUAAACCUUGGAAGAGAUUUGAUAUGACAUUUGAGGAGUUCAAGAGGUCCACAAUUUUGUCACCAGUAUCCCAACUAGCUGAUCUUUUCCUGCUAGCUGGUGAUAUUCAUGCAACAUUAUACACUGGUUCUAAAGCCAUGCACAGUCAGAUUUUAAGUAUUUUUAGUGAAGAAACUGGUAAAUUUAAACAGUUUUCUGCAGCACAGAAUAUGAAAAUCACGCUCCAAAGAAGGUACAAAAAUGCCGUUGUAGAUAGCUCUCGGCAGAAGCAGCUGGAGAUGUUCCUUGGGUUGAAGCUUUUCAAACAUCUUCCAUCUUUACCACUUCAACCUUUGCAUGUUUUGUCCCGACCACCUGCUUGCUUACUUAAGCCUGUUCCUAGCAUGUUUCAAGCGUCGGAUGGUGGAGCCAGUCUUCUUAGUUUCAGGAGAAAAGAUCUGAUCUGGGUGGGUCCUCAGGCAGCAGAUGUGCUUGAAAUGUUUAUAUACCUCGCGGAGCCUUGUCAUGCUUGCCAACUUCUUAUAACUGUUUCCCAUGGUGUAGAUGAUUCUAGUUUUCCAUCAACUGUUGAUGUCAGGACUGGGCGCUAUUUGGAUGGGCUCAAACUUGUCGCUGAGGGGGUCUUCAUUCCUCAAUGUGCUCAUGGCACAAAUAUAUUGAUACCUUUACCAGGGCCUAUCAGUGCAGAGGACAUGGCAGUUACUGGAGCUGGGGCCCGUCUCCAUGCCCAAGAUACAGCUAGCCGUUCUAUAUUAUACGAGUAUGAAGAAUUGGAGGGAGAAUUGGAUUUUCUUACGCGAGUGGUUGCACUUACAUUCUAUCCUGCUGUAUCUGGAAAAAGCCCUUUGACACUUGGUGAGGUGGAGAUUCUUGGAGUUUCUCUUCCAUGGAAGCAGAUUUUGGAAAAUGAUGCCACAAGUACUAGAUUUCAUGAAAUUGAAGAUGAUAGUCAGACUACAGCCAACCCCUUUCUGUCUGAUUCAGAUACAAAUCCAUUUGGUGCUGCUACUUCUUUAUCCAAUGAAACUGUGUCAUCUUCUAUUCUCUCAGAUGCAUCGACCAGCGAUUGGUUAGACCUUUUAACAGGAAACAGUCUUAUUUCAGAAUCCACUUCUGAACCAGUGGUUACAAGAAAUGUACAUGAAGAAGAUAAUGACAUACUCAACUUCCUUGACCAACCUGCAACUAAUCUGAAUGGUGGAACUGAUUCCGGGAUGACUUUGCCACAGAGUGCAAGGUCUUUGGAAAAUGGUGCUCAAGAAUAUAUCAAUUCUUUUAAGCAGCUUGCAGGUUCAAAUAUGGAAAGAAGACUUGGUUUUGCUGAAACCAUGAAACUGGAAAUUCAAAGGCUUAAUCUUAAUCUUUCUGCUGCUGAAAGAGACAGAGCUUUACUUUCUAUUGGCAUUGAUCCUGCCACCAUAAACCCAAACAUGGUACUCGACGAAUUAUAUAUGCGAAGAUUACGUAAGAUUGCAGACCAACUUGCUAUUCUUGGACAUACUUCAGCUGAAGACAAGAUUACUUCUUCUAUUGGUCUAGAUGCCAUAGACGAUAGUCCCAUAGAUUUCUGGAAUAUUUCCGGUAUUGGUGAGAGUUGUGUAGGUCAAAAUUGUCAGGUUCGUGCAGAAAUCGGGGCAAACCGACUAGCAUCUUCUUCAAAUUCUUCGGCUUCUCAAUCAUUCUCUAUGUGUUCUCAAUGUGAGAAAAAGGUUUGCAAAGUCUGUUCAGCUGGAAAAGGAGCUCUUUUGUUGGAAAGCUUUAUCUCAAAGGCGACAUCAAAUUAUAACGGUUUAUCAAGCCAAGGCGGGUCAAGCGAGACAAACCGUUCAGCAGCUCUCGAUGGUGUCAUCUGUAAAAAAUGCUGCAACGAUGUAGUCCUGGACGCUUUGAUGUUGGAUUAUUUGAGGGUCUUGAUUAGCAAGCGUAGAAGUACUCGUUCAACUAAGGCUUCGAAGAAGGCUUUAGAUCAUGUUAUAGCCUUUUCAUUAAAGAAUUCUCCUCCUAAAGCACAACAAUCUAAUUCACAGUUGCAGACUAAACAACUACUUAAUGGAGAGGAUUCUCUUGCUGAAUUUCCUUUCGCCAGCUUCUUGCACUCGGUGGUAACAGCAACAGGAUCUGCCCCAUAUCUGUCGCUGCUUACACCACCUCUAGAUUCAGGAUUAGAUACUUUGUACUGGAAAGCUCCUUCUUCCGUAUCAUCAGUUGAAUUCACCAUUGUUCUUGGUAAUAUCUCCGACGUGUCUGGAGUCGUUCUACUCGUCAGUCCUUGUGGCUAUUCUAUGUCAGAUGCACCUUCCAUCCAAAUCUGGGCUAGCAAUAAGAUGCAAAGAGAGGAGAGAUCAUGCAUGGGAAAAUGGGAGAUCCAGUCGUUAAUCUCAUCUUCCUCCUCGGAACUUUGUGGGCCAGAAAAACCAAACACAGUUCCAAGGCACGUUAAGUUUGUAUUCCCUAAUCCUUUUAGAUGUCGCAUAAUUUGGUUAACAAUGAAUCUUCAGAAAGUUGGUUCAAGAUCAGUUAAUCUCGGAAGAGACUUCAAUCUGAUGUCUCUAGACGAGAACCCAUUUGCAGAGCUUGAUCGUCGCGCCUCUUUUGGAGGAGUAACUGAAACUGAACCAUGCCUCCACGCUAAAAGAAUUUUAGUGUUUGGAAAACCUGUUAGUAAAGAUGUGGAGCUUUCACAAUCUAGUGGAUCUAAUCAAGCAAAUAUUAGAAGCUGGUUGGAUACACCUCCACAACAUAAUAGAUUCAAGGUAACUGUAGAGGCAGAGAGAUUAAUGGAGAAUGAUCUUGUUCUAGAACAGUAUCUUCCACCGGCUUCACAAUUAGUAGCUGGAUUUCGUCUUGAUGGGUUUUCCGCAAUAAAACCUAGGUUUACUCAUUCGCCUUCUUCCGAUGAUGAUAUGAAGUUUCUUGAGGAUAGAUAUAUCUCUCCACCUGUAUUAUACAUUCAAGUAUCAGCUCUCCAGGAGCCACACAAUAUGAUUACGGUUGCUGAGUAUCGAUUGCCAGAGGUUAAACCAGGGACAGCAAUGUACUUUGACUUUCUGAGACCGAUACAAUCUCAACGUAUCUCGUUUAGACUUCUGGGUGAUGUAGCUGCUUUCGGAGAUGAUCCAUCUGAAAGCGAGGAUUCUGAAACUAGAGGCUCUCCUUUUGCUGCUGGAUUGUCUUUGUGGAAUAGAAUAAAGUUGUAUUAUUAUGGCGAUCCUUAUGAAGUGGGGAAAUGGGCUAGUCUUUCCACCGUUUAAUCAUUUGAUGUUAUCGUCACAUUUGAUUAUCGAGUUUUUUUUAACCUUAUUAUAGAUUUUAUAUUAUUUUCUUUUGGAGGAAAUGCAUUAUAUUGUUAUAUUUGGCGGAAGAUUGUUAUACACAUGGGCAAAACAUGUAUUUUUUCAAUAGAAUUUGAAUUUUCUUAUAUUU